GCUGCUGCAAUAGCAGACUGACAUAGCCGACAUUCCCUUCUGAAUUUCUGUGCAAUCAUCACCAUUCUCUGAAUCCAAAAUCCUUCCAAAACAAUCAUACAAAACAUCAACUUUAUAAAACACUAUCAUGGCCUCAGAGCUUAGUUCUUGAUCACUGAAAUCUGGGCGUUUUGUGGAAUCUGUUUUUGGGGUUGUUCAGGUAAAGGCUGAAACCCUAAGUGUCAAUACAAGUCGAAGAGGAAAGGAUCUGGGGGUGGCGACCUCAAAGCUCCAAUCUUUGAUGGAGAACACUACGAAUACUGGAGGAUUCGGAUGACAACCAUCUUCAAGUAUGCGAGGAGGAAAAACUAAGCAAGAAAAUGGGAACUGAAAUUAUUCCCGCUCAUAUGGUUCUUGUGUGUUUCCCAGGACAGGGACACAUAAACCCUAUGCUCAGAUUAGGCAAACGCCUAGCUGCAAAGGGGUUUUUAGUCAGCUUCUCCACCACUGAAAACUUUGGCAAAGAGAUGAGAGCAGCCAACAGUGGCAUCAGUGAUGAACCCACACCUGUCGGCGAUGGUUUUAUCAGGUUUGAGUUUUUUGACGAUGGUCUUCCAGAACAGGACCCUAAACGCACGGACUUGGACUACUAUAUGCCACAGCUUGAACUUGUGGGCAAGGAUUUGGUAACCCAGAUGAUCAAACGGCAUGCCAAUGAAGGUCGUCCAGUUUCAUGCCUUGUGAACAACCCAUUCAUUCCAUGGGUUUGUGACAUUGGCACUGAGCUUGGGAUCCCUCGUGCCACGCUUUGGGUUCAGUCGUGUGCUGUGUUCUCGGCUUAUUACCAUUAUCACAGCAAGGCAGUGUGGUUUCCGACCGAAACCGAGCCAAAUUUGGAUGUUCAGCUGCCCGGUAUGCCAAUUUUGAAGCACGAUGAGAUACCCAGCUUCUUGCACCCUUUCGACCGAUUCCAGGUUUUGGGGAGGGCGAUUUUAGGCCAGUUCAAGAAGUUAUCAAAAUCAAUAUAUGUGUUGAUAGACACGUUCCAAGAGCUCGAGCCUGAGGUCAUCGAGCACAUGUCCCAGUUCUGCAUAGUGAAGCCUGUUGACCCCUUAUUCAAGAACCCAAAACCUCCCAAAACAACCAUAAGUGGAGACCUAAUGAAAGCUGAUGAUUGUCUUGAGUGGCUCGAUUCCAAGCCUCCAACAUCUGUUGUAUACAUCUCUUUUGGUAGUAUUGUGUACUUAAAGCAAGAGCAAGUUGAUGAGAUUGCUCAUGGAUUAUUGAGCUCUGGGGUCUCAUUUUUAUGGGUUAUGAAGCCACCCAUCAAAGAGUGUGGAUUCGAAGAACAUGUUUUACCUGAUAAAUUCUUAGAAAAAGUUGGAGAUAAAGGAAAAGUGGUGAAAUGGAGUCCACAAGAACAGGUUUUAGCUCACCCAUCUAUCGCAUGUUUUGUAACUCACUGUGGCUGGAACUCUUCAGUUGAAGCAAACACUUCAGGCGUGCCAGUUGUGACAUUUCCCCAGUGGGGUGACCAAGUCACCAAUGCAAAGUUCUUAGUGGAUGUGUUUGGUGUAGGGCUUAGAUUGAGCCGUGGGGCGGCUGAGAAUAGAUUGAGCAUGAGAGACGAGAUAGGGAAGUGUUUGUUGGAGGCAACAGUUGGACACAAGGCAAUAGAAUUGAAGCAAAACGCAUUGAAAUGGAAGCUGGCAGCGGAAUCGGCGGUGGCUGAGGGCGGCUCCUCCGACCAGAAUCUUCAAGAUUUUCUGGAUGAGAUUAGCAAUAGAAUUGAAGCGAAACGCAUUGAAAUGGAAGAAGGCAGCGGAAGCGGCGGUGGCUGAGGGCGGCUCCUCCGACCAGAAUCUUCAAGAUUUUCUGGAUGAGAUUAUCUUCCGCUCCUUUAAAUUGGACUUCAGUUAAUUGCUGUCAUUGGGAAGGCAUCACCUGCGAUCACUAUGGUUGGAUCACCCGUUUGAGCUUACCGGCAAAAGGCCUCGAAGGAGGUAUGUUUCCCUCAUCA